UGUUUUAUUUAUAUUAUUUUCAUAUUAUAGAAAUUAAAUAAAAUUAAAUUAUACAUAAUAUUUGUGAAAAACUCGAAAUAAUUUUGAUACCACUACUAUAUAAGUAGUUUAAACACCUCCAAUAUCCAUACACGAAAAUUAAUGUUUUAACACACCACUACUAAUAAGCAAUAACUAACCUCGCACAGUCUUUUUCACUUACAUCAAUCCACUUCUUCUUCCCCAGCUCAAGCUACAAAAUGCUUAAAUUGCUGAGAAGAGAUAUCAAACGAGUCUUCUAUCAACAUGCAAGAUCUUCAUCCACUACUUCUCCUAUAUCUACUGGAAGGCUUGAAGGUAAGAUCGCUCUAAUAACAGGUGGUGCAAGUGGACUGGGUAAAGCUACAGCCCAAGAGUUCGUUAAACAAGGAGCCCAUGUCUUGAUAGCUGACAUUAAUGCUAAGUUGGGUCCAGAAGUGGCCCAAGAUUUAGGCCCAAAAGCAGAUUACAUCCAAUGUGAUGUUGGUGUUGAGGACCAAGUAGCCCAAGCAGUUGAUACUGUGAUGGCCCACUACGGAAAACUCGACAUCAUGUACAACAAUGCUGGCAUAAUAGGCUCAUACUACCCACCUAGCAUAACUAAUCUUGACAUGGACCUAUUUGAUCAAGUCAUACGUGUCAAUGUUCGAGGCGCGGUUAUAGGGGUCAAGCAUGCAGCCCGAGUCAUGAAACCGAUGGGGUCGGGCUCGAUCCUGUGUACCGCAAGCGUAUGUGCGACGACGGGUGGGAUUGGCGCACACCCAUAUACCAUAUCCAAGUUUUCAGUACUAGGAAUAGUAAAGUCCUUAGCUAGUGAGUUAUGCCAAUAUGGGGUGAGAAUUAAUUGUAUAUCACCACAUUCUGUUGCAACUCCUGUGGUGCUACAAAAUUUUAAAAAUAUCUAUCCUAAGAAAACAGUACAACAAAUUAUGGAACUUAUUGGUGGACUAGGGGAAUUAAAAGGAGCUACAUGUGAAGAAAUUGAUGUAGCAAAGGCAGCUUUGUAUUUGGCUUCUGAUGAUGCUAAGUAUGUGACGGGUCAUAAUCUUGUUGUGGAUGGAGGCUUCACUUCUUUCAAAACUCUUCCGUUACCCCCUCGUGACCCAUUUGUAUAAUGAACACGGCUCAUUCUGUAAGCGUUUUUCUCCUAGAUAUAGUGAGUAUUUCUAUUUCUAUCAUCUUUAUUCAAAUAGAUAAAUCGGUCUAAAUAACCAGACCGUUUAUUAUAAGUUGUACAAUAUUAUAAAGGAGGGUUUUCCUUGUUUGUGUUUUCAUUACCGUGUUAUAGAAACAAUACUAUAUUUGUUAAUAAAUGUAAUAAUUUUGUUUUGCUUGUA